CUUGUCGACUGUACGCUAUGGUAUCUGCUCGAUGUCGACACGCGCCAGCUUGCAGGUACUACGUCCGGUCGAGGUCAACCCGAUUUCGCCGACGUUACCGGCACAUGCUCUCAGUGUCCGGAAACUUGUUAUUUUUCCACUUUUUUAAGAUAAAUGGUAUGUUAAGGAAUGGCUCAUCAGAACUUCUCCUUUGCCGUACAGCCUGCUCCUCCACCGCGAUAUGUUCCAACUUUCGAUGCCUUUCACGACAAUGUUAACUGGGAUAAGGAGAAAUCACAGCUUCCACCGAACACCGGUGCCAAGCUGCUUGAAGCCUGUAAAAAGGAGAACUGGAUGCUGGUGGAUGAGUUACUACAUGUUUGCGAGCAUGUGUGGGCCAGUAGUGUCGAUCAGCAGGCCAGUGUCCGAACUGCCGUCAAUAUUCAGGAUCCGGAUACCGGUACAGCUUCUUUAAUUCUCUGUGCCCGAGAGAGCAAGACUGGCUUCGUAGAGAAGAUCGCCAAUAUGGGUGGAGACGUGAACAUUCGCACAACUGACCAUUACACCGCUCUUCACUAUGCCGCGGCGUCACAAAAGGAGGAGAUGAUCAAACUGCUCAUAUCAUUUGGCGCUGAUCCCACUCUCCAGGGCGGACCCUUAAAUCAACUGCCGUUGCAUUUGGCAUGUAUGCGACGUCACGGUGCGUUGCCGGUUGUCCAGUACCUUGUCAUGCUGUCCAGUGAAGACUCCCGAAUCGCUCCCGAUAAGGAAGGCUUUCUACCAAUUUGGAGAGCAGCAGAAAAGUCGCAUUUGCAUGUCGUCAAGGAUCUGCUUCGUGAACAGAGUGCCGAACAGUUGUCUUACCAAAAUAAGCAUCACAAUGGUGACACUCUCAUGCACUAUGUUUUGCGCAAGAAUCAAAGUGACAUUUUGCAAGCUUGUUUGGAAGCCGGUGCUCCGGUCAAUGCGCGAAAUUUUGAUGGUCAAACGUUACUGCAUAUUGCAGCACUUACCAGCAGCAAGCCGGGCGUAGAGUUGCUGCACUCCUAUCACGCGAACGCUGAAUUGGUCGAUAAGUAUGACAGAACUCCUUUGCACUUGGCGGUUGAAAAGGGACUAGAUCGGAUGGUUGACAUUUUAACUGAAAAGUAUCCCGGAUCGAUACACGUUCGCACCAAAGACGGAAGCACUUUAGCCCAUAUUGCCGCAUUGUCUGGUCAUCCGGAAACAGUUCUGACGUUGCUAAAGAAAGGUGUUUACUUGCAUAUGCCCAAUAAAUCUGGGGCGUUAGCACUGCACGCCGCGUCACGCACAGGACAUGCAUCGGUUGUUCGGGCACUGCUAAACAGAGGGGCUCGGGUAGAUGCGAAAACUAAAGACGGAUACACCGCACUCCACCUGGCAAUCGAAUAUGGAAAACCGGCAGUUGUAGAAACCGUUCUUGGUGCCGGUGCUUCAGUUCACACAAAGGGUGGAAAAAUCGGAGAGACUCCACUGCAUAUUGCAGCCCGUGUUCCGAAUGGCGAGCAAUCUACACAGCUGUUAAUUAAAUCGGGAGCGGAGGUCAAUGCCAAGUUAGAAAACGGGGAGACCGCGCUGCACGUUGCAGCUCGUUCGGGUGCCAUGAAAAUGGUCCAAAUGCUGCUGCAUGAACAGGCCAGUCCCAUGGCGGUUGGUGCGGCUGGAGAAACACCGUUCCAUGCGGCGGUUCGAGCGUGUCAUUACGAUAUCGCCAAGGAAUUAUUGGAUUUCAUUGUGGCCAAGUGGGAUCGUUAUGACGCCGUGGCGGUGGUCAACAUGGGGAAUGCCGAAGGUGAAACACCGAUGCACUUCGUAACGGAAGUUGUGCCGGAGAUGACACAUUUUCCAGGAGAGGAAAUAAAGCUUUUACACCUGAUACUUGAUUAUAAUGGUGACCCUGGCGCACAAACGAAACUGACUCUGGAAACCCCAAUCCAUUAUUGUGCGCGAUACGGAAAUGAGCAGGUCUUGACUGUGCUGCUGAAGAGUUUGGGUCACUCAAAAGCACAGGCAAUAUUGAACCGACAGUCCAAGACGGGAUGGUCGCCGCUCCUUACCGCAGCCGAAGGAGGUCAUCUGCCUGUAGUCAAACUGUUACUAAAGAACCAUGCUAGGGUUGAUGUAUUCGAUGAGUUGGGUAAAUCGGCACUUCACAUCGCAGCAGAAAAUGGUCACGUGAGCCUGGUGGAUUUGCUGCUACGUAGCAAAGCUUUUGUUAACUCCAAAACCAAGUUAGGUGUUACCGCACUCCACCUGGCUUCCAUGAAAGGACACAUCGAUAUUGUGCGGUUACUGGUAGAAAAAUACGACGCAACCGUUGAUGCGUUAUCUACGGCAAUGAAAACGCCUUUGCAUCUUGCGGCUCAGUUCGAUCAGAUGGAGGUUUGCGAACUAUUGCUGACAAUGGGAGCUAAUCCCAAUGCCACAGAUCAUCACGGCCAAACAUGCCUUCAUAUUGCCGCGGAAAACGAUCACGAACGAGUAGUGCAGUUGUUUUUAAAAGUUUUGGCCGACAAAAAUCCAAUGAAUAUGGCGGAUGUGAGGGGGCAUACGAUAGCUCAUAUAUCGGCGAAAAAUGGAUCGGUAGAUGUCAUGGAGCUUCUGCUGUCCUUCAAUAAGGAAGAUAUAAUAUCGACAAGAGUUCGUGGCUCAGAUUCCACUGUUUUGCAUGUGGCUGCUGCGGGAGGACAUGUCCAACUGGUUAAAAUGCUUGUGGAUGCCGGAGCCCCAGUGGCUGUUGAAAAUUCGGAUGGCAUGACCGCUCUGCACCUGGCAGCCAGGAAUGGCCAUAUCGGAGUGAUUGAUGUACUGAAGGAAGUGUUUUCCCCUAAAGUCAGUAGUCUGAAGAAUGGAUUAACAGCACUUCAUCUGGCUGCAUAUUGGGGCCAAGCUGAUGUAGCACGGGAGUUGUUAACAGUAGUCCCUGCUACCGUGAGAUCGGAUGAGCCCACGGUGACGACCGCAACCGGAAUGGAGAUCGGCGCCGAGGCUGGACUGACCCCAUUACAUUUGGCGUGCAAAGCCGGCCAAGAAGCCAUCGUCCGGCUGCUGCUGAAUUAUCCUGGGGUUCAGGUGGAUGCACCGGCAGAUAAGAGCGGCUAUAUCCCUCUGCAUAUGGCGGCAGUAAACGGCCAUAUUCCUGUGGUUGGGCUGCUGUUAAGCCGGGCGGCCUCGCGGUUGGACGUACCAGAUGUCAAAGGUCAAACUCCCCUGAUGUUGGCGGCUACUAAAGGACAUUUGAACAUGGCAGCACUGCUGAUCAAUCAAGGGGCAGAUGUGGAAGUGAGAGACAAUAACGGUUGGACCGCACUACAUUGCGCGGCUAUUGCCGGUUAUCUGUCCAUGGUGAAGUUAUUAUGCGACCAUGGAGCAAAUCCUGCGUCUGUCAGCAAAGAUGGAAAGAUUCCCUUAUGUUAUUCUAUGCAUUCAGCGGUAUCAGGAAAGGCAGAAAAAUCCAGUGCUCAUCUGGCUGUGAUGACCUACCUGAUGCAGCAGAAGUACGAUUGCUUUGCCUUGUUGAAUGAUUCAGUGUUUCUGGUGGAUUUAAUGCAGUGUGGACGAACGCGAAUGCAGAAACCUUUGUUUGAGUUUAUAAAAUUUUGCCCGUCUCCGGUGGAACUGGCUUUGAAGUUGACGAAGUUCUACAGAGAUGCCUCUAACCGGGACAAAUAUCACGCGAAGGAUCUUGUUUUGGCAUCAAGGUUUUGUGAGCAAAUUGGACAGCGUUUGCUGAUGGUCAGCUGCAACCGGCAUAAUCCCAGUGACAUUCUGCGAGCGGUGGACGAAAAAGAAGAAUCAUUGAUGGAUAUCAUGGUUAAUGGGACGCACAAGGACGUGGUGGCUUUGGUGCCUGUGCAACGAUAUUUGACUAGCGUUUGGUAUGGUGGACUUGAGUUGAGGCAAUGGCAGAUUUCCCUUUCGUUCCUGGUUUUCUUGCUUUGCCCUCCUGUCUGGAUGGUGUUUUCGCUUCCCCUUCCUCAUCAUAUCAGCGAGAUCCCUUUUCUGAAACUGGUUGUCCACGUUACCAGUCAUUUAUAUUACAUCAUUCUGCUAAUUUUGGUUUUCAUGACGCCCUUUCAACCGCUGUAUGAAAGACAGAGUCUGUUUCCUACGCCCCAGGAAUGGCUGCUGCUGUUUUGGCUGGCCGGUAAUCUGCUAACCGAACUCAUGUCCAAUGAAGAACGCCAGGGACUAGGGAUGCUGCGCUCCGUAGUGUUGUUUUUUUCUGCUUGCGCGAUUGGUCUACACAUUGCUGCAGCUGUUGUGGAGGAUAAGGAGACUCAGCCUAUUCUGCUGUACAUCCGAUCGCAGUUACUAGCGCUGGCGUGUUUUUUUGCAGAUGUACAAAUUCUCUCUUAUCUAUCUUUCCACCAGCUUUUCGGUCCCUUCGAAAUCAUGCUGGGGGACAUCGUGGGUGAUUGUCUCCGCUUCAUGGUGAUCUUCUUCAUCUUCCUUUUCGGUUUUACAUUUAGCUUGUCAGCAUUGUAUGAGGAUACGAUACCGAACAAUAGUACGUACAAUGAUACCGCCUACAUCUUGCCAAUGAUUCUGGAUCCCUGGGCCAGCGUACAGCUUCUAUAUUGGGCCGUUUUUGGCUUGUAUGAUCCUUGGGGACAGGUACCGGCUCCGCCCAAUGGCCCAGACUUUGCGCACAGUCUAGUAUUUAUUUGGUACGGUAUUUACUUGACCGCAACGAUGAUUGUGUUGAUAAACUUGUUGAUUGCCAUGCUUUCUGACACCUAUCAGCGAAUUAAAGCCCGUUCGGAUCUGGAGUGGAAGUUUAUUCGCGCAAAAAUUAUUAUCAAUCUGGAGAAGACUCCAAUUAGUCCACCUCCAAUUAAUCUUGUCACUGUAACCUUGUCAUAUGCUUUGAAAGGGAUUCUUCUUGUGCUGGAGCGAAGAUCUGUCCGCCGCAUUCGGGACUCCACCGAUAAAUUACUUGGAAAGGACUACACUCAGGCUUCUAAAAUCCGUCGGUGGAGAAAAAGUUUAGUAGACGACAUUCGGGGGUCAGCUCACGGUUUGACUCCGGCGCUGAAAGAAGAUGCCCCUGUUCAGAAACUCACGAAUGUUGCCGUUUGGUCGGAAAUUAUCACAGCCUAUGAAGAACUGGAAGAUCUCGGGGGAUUCGAUGAUUAACUAACAGAUCGACUAACAGAUUGACCAACAGAUGAUAAAACUGUUUGGCCGUACCUGCUACCCUAUUGGUACAAUUUUGCUUUUCAUUUUUACUGUUAAUCAUUGAACAGUUAAAAUAGAAUCGAUGUUACACACACAGAUUUUGAUUCUGACCUUAUGUGUAUUACUUCUGUCUGUUUAGUAUGUAUAUUGCUUUGCCAAUA